GGGCCCACAGGAAGGAACACGUCAUGGCUCUGUUGUCUCCCCAUCGGCCUCGACAAGGACAAACAUUUCCGCUCCCGGAGCAGAGUUAGGGUGGGGCUUGGAUGACUUCCUCAGUUCAGGGCUAUGUGCGGGGGAGGGGAGGCCCAUUGGCUCAGCUGGUAGGAACCAGGCCUUAUAAAGUGGCAGUGACUCGGCGGUGAACCCCGAGUCCAGCCUCGUGACCUUUGCUGACCCAAGUGUCCUGGGGCUUGUCCCUAGCUGGCUACACCUCUAGUACCUAGGUUUCCCCAAAGUUACAUUUCAGAGAUGGUAGAGGCUGUGACACCUCUGCCAGGGCUGACAACUCAUGUGACUCCUCCUCUGGCAGGGAUGGGACUGUCCCCUCCCAAACAAGCCAGGUCGGGGCCCUGACCCCUCUAUGGGGGCGAGGAUUUUCCCUGUUGAGUGGGGGUUUCCCCGGCCUGGCUAACCGGAUCCUGACCCUGUGUGCCUGUGGAGGAGGGAAGGGUUAGGAGGGCAAGGAGUUUGAACUCUGAACCUAGGGCAGGCUCAGCUUCGGGGGCUAAGACCCUCGUAUGGCGCUUAAUGCCCCUCUAAGGGCUGAAGUUUUCCCUGGGCCUGCCCGGGAGAUGGGUGGAGUCUCUUCUCAGGCCAGCUCCAGUUUCCAUGGAAACCCACAGGCUUCCCACCCCGUCGGCUGCCUGGGCAGACUCCCAGCCAGGGCCUCUUUCGCCGCCGCCACCGCCGCCAGCCAGCCAGCCAGCCAGCUUCUUCCCAGGACCAUAGGCCACUCCAGCCUCAGCUUCUCCUGGCCCCCUCCCUGUGUCUGUUCCUGUCCCCGAGCCUCUGGCCUCUGAUGCCUUCAGGAGCUUGGGCCUCUCCUGCUCCACUCCUAAACUUCAGCUUCUCAGCAAACAGGCCUCCCAAGUCCCUGCUUCUCCCUCUCGGGCCUUGCUAACCUCACCAGCUCUAGGGCCUGGCCAGGCCUCCCAGGCUCCCUCCUCCACCCCCACCCCUUCUCACUCAUGGAGCCCCUGGGACUGGUCGUGCAUGGGAAAGCUGAACCUUUUUCCGCAGCACUCCGAAGCCUUGUCAACAACCCGCGAUACAGUGAUGUUUGCUUCGUGGUUGGUCAAGAACGGCAGGAGGUAUUUGCCCAUCGGUGCUUGUUGGCCUGUAGAUGCAACUUCUUCCAGCGACUUCUGGGCACAGAGCCAGGCCCCGGGGUGCCCAGUCCUGUGGUGCUAAGCACUGUGCCAACUGAGGCCUUCCUGGCAGUGCUGGAGUUCCUAUAUACCAACAGUGUCAAGCUGCACCGCCACUCUGUCCCUGUCUCAUUUCCCUUGCUUCUCACGGGCUCACUUCCCGCCCUGCCUCACACACACUCUGGCCUGGAGAGGAACGUGUGCCCACACAGAGAGAAGUAUGUAUAUCUCUCCCAACUGUGCCUGCAGUUUGUGGUGAAGGUGCUGGAUGUGGAGUUGGUUUGUGAGGCCCUGCAGGUGGCCGUAACCUUUGGCCUGGGGCAGCUGCAGGAGCGCUGCGUGGCUUUCAUAGAGGCCCACAGCCAGGAGGCCCUCCGGACCCGAGGCUUCCUGGAGCUGUCGGCGGCCGCGCUGCUGCCCCUGCUCCGCAGCGACAAGCUCUGCGUGGACGAGGCUGAACUGGUCCGCGCGGCCCGAAGCUGGGCUCGCGUGGGCGCGGCGGUGCUGGAGCGGCCGGUGGCUGAGGUGGCGGCCCCGGUGGUGAAAGAGCUGAGACUAGCCUUGCUGGCCCCGGCGGAGCUGAGCGCCCUGGAAGAGCAGAACCGGCAGGAACCACUCAUCCCGGUGGAGCAGAUUGUGGAGGCGUGGAAAUGCCAUGCCCUGCGGAGAGGGGAUGAGGCCCGGGGCGCCGCGUGUCGCCGCCGGAGAGGCACCCUGCCCCGGGAGCAUCACCGCUUUCUGGACCUGUCCUUCAAAUGAUCCAACGCCGGGACUCGCAGGGAGCCCUCGACCCGCCCAGCUGAGCCUGCCCCAAACUACAGCUCCCGAAGUGCUCGGCGUUCGGAGCGGGCUUCCGUUCCCAGCGUGCCCAGUGAGCCGGGCGCCGGAAGAACCGUUGUCUGCCACGCGCAGCCCCUUGUGCGGGAUCAAGGCCGUGUGGGCGAGGUGGGGUCGGGCCGGGCAGGGCUUGGGCUGGGCCUCCCUGAGGGGGUGAAACUCGAAAACGAGGAUUUCCUUCGCUCCACACCCUCACUCUGUGCCCUGCCCCUGGGCAUUGUCGUCUACUAGUCUAUUCUGAUGACUCCCACAUAUCUAUCUGUUCAGCUCAGCUCCCUCUUUCUUUUCUUUUUCUUUCUUUCUUUCUUUUUCUUUCUUUCUUUCUUUCUUUGUUUCUUUCUUUCUUUUUCUUUCUUUCCUUCCUUCCUUCCUUCCUUCCUACCUUGUUUCUUUCUCUUUCUCUCUCUCUUUCUUUCUUUCUUUCUCUCCUCUCUCUCUCUCUCUUUUUUUUGAGACGGAGUCUCGCACUCUCGCCCAGGCCGGAGGAGGGCAGCGGUGCCAUCUCGGCUCACUGCAAGCUCCGCCUCCCGGGUUCACGCCGUUCUCCUGCCUCAGCCUCCGGAGUAGCUGGUACUACAGGCGCCCAUCACCACGCCCGGCUAAUUUUUUUGAAUUUUUAGUAGAGAUGGAGUUUCACCGUAUUAGCCACGAUGGUCUUGAUCUUCUGACCUUGUGAUCCGCCCGCCUCGGCCUUUUUUUUUUUUUUUUUGAGACAGAGUCUUGCUCUGCCAUCGAGGCUGGAGUGUAGUGGUGCGAUUUCGGCUCACUUCAAACUCCGCCUCCCGGGUUCAAGCGAUUCUCGUGCCUCAGCCUCCUGAGUAGCUGGGAUUACAGACAUGCACCACAACGUCCGGCUAAUUUUUGUAUUUUUAGUAGAGACGGGGGUUUCACUAUGUUGGCCAGGUUGGUCUCGAACUCCUGACUUCAUGUGAUCUGCCAGCCUCGGCCUCCCAAAGUGCUGGGAUUACAGGUGUGAGCCACCAUGCCCGGCCUCAGCUCCUUCUUUCAUUCCAGACCUGCCCCCCUGGAGAUCGCUCCAUGAAUGCCCCUCAGACACCACAGGCUCGGCGAGAAAUUGAUCUCCCCAGCUUUUCCCCAGCUCUGCCCCCAUCGUGUUUCUCAUUUCCGUGGGCACCCACGCCAGAAACCUGGAUCUCAUCCUUGCCUUAUCCCUCUUCACACCUGCCUUAGGUCUCUUUUUACCUUGUAAGAGACCUUUCCAGUUGGUUCAGUUCUCUCAGCCCCAGGUUCAACCUGUCCUGUCUGACACGUCUCACAGCCUUCCUGCCUUCACUCCAGCACCCCCUCAAUCCGUUUCCCACAGUGCAGCCAGACCUGUCUUUGAUUGUCAGUCCUAUGGGGCUUAAGUCCUGGAACAUCCCAUUGACCUCCAGGACAAAAUUCAAUCUAUUUCACUUUCAGGGCACUCAAAACUACUAGUGAGUGGUUCCUCACCUCUUCUCUCAAAUACAAUCUUUGUAUAAAUUCAUUUAUCCUGGAGGUAUUAGUCCUCUAGCUCCAUACUUACUCAGUUACUGCAGACCUCUCUGCUACCUCCUUCAUUCACUAUACAUCUUGUUUUCCCGAGGAUGUGAAUCUCCCUCAAGAAAGAUCCCUGGGGCCUGGAGUGGUGUCUUACUCGUUUCUGCUUCCUCAGUCUCUGUCAGAUAAUCAGUGCUAUGUAAAUGUUAAGUAAAUGACUUUAUUUAUUUA